CCCCAUUUUGGUGCACAGCUUUUUCUGCAAUGGUUGCUAAAAGUUGCUUCAUCUUUCUAUACUCGUCAUCGAUCUUCUUUACCGUUUAACUCUCUUUUCUUCUUCUUCUCUCUCUGGUUUAGGGUUUUCAAUACACUCAGCCAACCCACGCUUCUAGGAACCCACAGCAUUCGCCUGAAACUUGAAAAGUAAAGGAAGAAGGGGGUUUUAAUGUUUGAGGAAAACUUUUCUUAAGAAAUGUCAUCUUCUAGAGGGGUUUCUGAUCAGCCGCAGCAGCGGCGGAUCCUGCGGACCCAGACAGCAGUAAAUCUCGGUGAGUCGACAUUUGACAGUGAGGUUGUGCCGUCUUCUCUUGGACAGAUUGCUCCGAUUCUCCGUGUUGCAAAUGAAGUUGAAAGGAACAACCCAAGAGUUGCUUAUCUAUGUCGCUUUUACGCUUUUGAGAAAGCUCAUCGACUUGACCCCCAUUCAAGUGGACGUGGUGUUCGUCAAUUUAAAACUGCACUUCUUCAGCGUUUAGAAAAAGAGAAUGAUCCAACACUGAAGGGACGAGUAAAGAAAAGUGAUGCACGUGAGAUGCAGAGCUUUUAUCAGCACUACUACAAAAAGUAUAUCCAAGCUUUACAAAAUGCUGCUGACAAGGCAGAUCGUGCACAGCUCACAAAAGCAUAUCAAACGGCUAAUGUUCUUUUUGAGGUUCUGAAGGCUGUCAAUCAAACACAGUCUGUGGAAGUUGAUCGUGAGAUAUUGGAGGCUCAUGAUAAAGUUGCAGAGAAGACAGCUAUCUAUCUCCCUUACAAUAUUCUCCCUCUUGACCCUGAUAGUGCAAGUCAAGCAAUCAUGAAAUACCCAGAGAUUCAAGCUUCUCUUCUAGCUCUGCGUAACACUAGGGGCCUUCCAUGGCCUAAAGAUUAUGAGAAGAAAAGAGAUGAAGAUAUCCUGGACUGGCUUCAGGCUAUGUUUGGUUUCCAGAAAGACAAUGUAACAAAUCAACGGGAACAUCUUAUUUUGUUACUUGCAAAUGUGCACAUUCGCCAAUUCCCAAAGCCUGAUCAACAACCCAAGCUGGAUGACCAUGCUAUAAAUGAUGUGAUGAAGAAGCUCUUUAAGAAUUAUAAAAAAUGGUGCAAGUACUUAGACCGGAAAAGUAGCCUUUGGUUACCCACUAUACAGCAGGAAGUACAACAACGCAAACUGUUGUACAUGGGUCUAUAUCUUCUCAUAUGGGGAGAAGCAGCAAAUUUAAGAUUCAUGCCAGAAUGCCUUUGUUAUAUUUAUCACCACAUGGCUUUUGAACUGUAUGGAAUGCUAGCUGGAAAUGUUAGCCCCAUGACUGGUGAAAAUGUGAAGCCAGCCUGUGGUGGUAAAGAAGAGGCCUUCCUAAAUGAAGUUGUUACACCUAUUUAUAAUGUGAUUGCUAAGGAAGCUGCAAAGAGCAGAAAGGGAACAUCGAAGCAUUCACAAUGGAGAAACUAUGAUGAUUUAAAUGAAUAUUUCUGGUCAGCUGAUUGUUUCCGCUUAAGUUGGCCCAUGCGGAGAGAAGCUGAUUUCUUUAUUUUUCCUCUGGACCAGCGUCGGUCUGAAAACGAGGAUAACAAGCCAUCUGGCCAGGACCGUCGGGUGGGGAAAGUUAACUUUGUGGAGAUACGAUCGUACUGCCACAUUUUUAGAAGCUUUGACAGAAUGUGGAGUUUUUUCAUACUGGCAUUACAGGCUAUGAUAAUAGUUGCAUGGAAUGGUACGGGAGAACCAAGUGCAAUCCUUACAUCUGAAGUAUUCAUGAAAGUGCUGAGUGUCUUCAUUACUGCUGCUAUAUUGAAGCUUGGACAAGCUGUUCUUGAUGUCAUUCUCAGUUGGAAAGCUAGGCAAAGCAUGUCUUUUUCUGUUAAGCUCCGGUAUAUUUUGAAGGUUGUGUCAGCAGCUGUUUGGGUUGUUGUUUUGCCAAUAGCCUAUGCAUAUUCUUGGGAGAAUCCUCCAGGAUUUGCUCAAACCAUAAAAAGUUGGUUAGGCAGUAAUGCAAAGGCCCCUUCAUUGUUUAUUUUGGCUAUUGUUAUCUACUUGUCCCCAAAUAUGUUGGCUGCAGUAUUUUUCCUGUUCCCUUUUAUUCGUCGAUUCUUGGAGAGAUCACAUUUUAGGGUAGUGAUGCUAAUGAUGUGGUGGUCUCAGCCUCGGCUUUAUGUUGGCAGGGGAAUGCAUGAAAGCGCUUAUUCACUUUUCAAGUAUACAAUGUUUUGGGUUCUUCUUAUAAUUACAAAAUUGGCGUUCAGUUACUAUAUAGAGAUAAGACUGCUAGUGAAUCCAACAAAGGCGAUUAUGAGUGUUCACAUUAAUAACUAUCAGUGGCAUGAAUUUUUUCCCCGUGCACCUAACAAUAUCGGUGUGGUUGUUGCACUCUGGUCUCCAAUUAUUCUUGUUUAUUUCAUGGAUAUCCAAAUCUGGUAUGCAAUAUUCUCUACACUGUUUGGUGGAAUAUAUGGUGCAUUCCGUCGCCUUGGUGAGAUUCGGACUUUAGGAAUGCUUAGAUCCAGGUUUGAUUCUCUGCCUGAUGCUUUCAAUGAUCGUCUGAUACCAGUAGAUAGAGGUGAACAAAUAAAAAGAAAAGGGCUGAAGGCCACGUUAUCUCGAAAGUCUGCCGAGAUCCCACCUAUCAAUGAAAAGGAAGCAGCAAGGUUUGCACAAUUGUGGAAUAAAUUUAUAGCAAGCUUUCGGGAGGAGGAUCUUAUAAGUAAUCGGGAAAUGGACCUGUUACUCGUCCCGUACUGGGCUGACCGUGAUUUGGUGCUAACACAAUGGCCUCCAUUUUUGCUUGCUAGUAAGAUACCAAUUGCACUGGACAUGGCUAAGGACAGUAAUGGAAAGGAUAGGGAGCUUAUGAGGAGGCUUGAAACUGAUAAGUAUAUGUUGAGUGCUGUAUGUGAGUGCUAUGCUACCAUCAGAAACAUCAUUAUGUUUUUGGUUUGUGGUGGAAGCGAACAGCUGAUUAUUAAACAUAUAUUUACCCAAUUUGACAAUCAUAUUAAAGCAAAUGAUCUACUAAGGGAAUAUAAUAUGAAUGCACUGCCUGUUCUAUAUGACCACUUUGUCAAGCUCAUCAAGUACUUGUUAGAGAAUAACCCAGACCAUAAGGAUAAAAUUGUCAUUCUUUUCCAAGACAUGCUUGAGGUUGUGACAAAAGAUAUAAUGAUGGAGGAUCAAAUAUACAGUUCUGUGGAUUCUAUCCAUGGUGGACUUGGGCACAAGGGGAUGGAUCCUAUUGAUAAACAUCAUGAUUUAUUUGCGGCAGAGGGAGCAAUUAAAUUUCCGGUUCAAGAGACAGAAGCCUGGAAAGAGAAGAUCAAACGUUUGGAUCUCUUACUCACAGUGAAAGAAUCAGCAAUGGAUGUACCAUCAAACCUUGAAGCUAAAAGGCGCAUUGCCUUCUUCUCCAACUCUUUGUUCAUGGACAUGCCUUUGGCACCCAAAGUCCGCAAUAUGCUUUCUUUCUCUGUUUUGACUCCAUACUACACGGAAGAUGUGCUUUUCUCACUAAAGGAAUUGGAAGUUCCUAACGAAGAUGGAGUGUCCAUUGUUUUUUAUUUGCAGAAAAUAUUUCCAGAUGAAUGGAACAACUUCCUUGAGAGAAUGAAGUGCAUCAAUGAAGAAGAACUACGAGGAUCUGAUGAAUUGGAAGAACAAUUACGUCUUUGGGCAUCAUACAAAGGCCAGACUUUGACCAGAACUGUGAGGGGUAUGAUGUAUUAUCGGAAAGCCUUGGAACUUCAGGCCUUUCUAGAUACAGCUAAGGAUGAUGAAUUAAUGGAGGGAUAUAAAGCUAUCGAAUCAAAUGAGGAUCAAAUGAAAGGUGAAAGAUCCCUGUGGACUCAAUGUCAAGCUCUAGCGGAUAUGAAGUUUACCUAUGUGGUCUCUUGUCAGCAAUAUGGGAUUGACAAGCGAGCUGGGCAUGCUCGUGCACAUGAUAUUUUAAAGCUUAUGAUAACGUACCCAUCCCUCCGUGUAGCUUACAUAGAUGAAGUGGAAGAACCCAGUACAGACAAGUCUAAGAAGGUAAACCCGAAGACAUAUUAUUCUGCACUAGUCAAAGCUACUUUGCCCAAGUCCAGCAAUUCGUCAGAGCCAGUACAAUAUCUGGAUCAGGAUAUUUAUCGCAUAAAACUUCCUGGACCUGCUAUAUUGGGUGAAGGUAAGCCUGAAAAUCAGAAUCAUGCCAUUAUCUUUACUCGGGGAGAAGCACUUCAAACAAUAGAUAUGAAUCAGGAAAACUAUAUGGAAGAAGCCUUCAAGAUGAGGAACUUGCUUCAAGAAUUACUCAAAAAGCAUGAUGGUGUGAGGCAUCCUACCAUCCUUGGACUUAGGGAACACAUAUUUACUGGAAGUGUUUCUUCUCUUGCAUGGUUUAUGUCAAAUCAAGAAACAAGUUUUGUGACUAUCGGUCAAAGAUUGUUGGCAGACCCUCUAAAGGUUCGGUUUCACUAUGGUCAUCCCGAUGUAUUUGAUAGGCUCUUUCAUCUUACACGAGGUGGUGUAAGCAAAGCAUCAAAAACCAUCAAUCUGAGUGAAGAUAUAUUUGCUGGCUUCAAUUCCACACUUCGUGAAGGAAAUGUGACCCAUCAUGAGUAUAUACAAGUAGGAAAAGGAAGGGAUGUGGGUCUUAAUCAGAUUUCUCAGUUUGAGGCCAAAAUUGCAAAUGGUAAUGGGGAACAAACACUGAGUCGGGAUAUAUACAGGCUUGGGCAUCGGUUUGACUUCUUCCGUAUGUUGUCAUGUUAUUUUACCACCGUGGGUUCGUACAUCAGUACUUUGAUUACUGUGCUGACUGUGUAUGUAUUUCUUUAUGGCCGUCUUUACCUUGUCCUUAGCGGACUUGAAAAGGCACUAAGCGAUCAACCAGGAAUUCAAGAUAACAAGCCCCUCCAAGUUGCUCUUGCUUCUCAAUCAUUUGUUCAGAUAGGAUUCUUGAUGGCAUUACCAAUGUUGAUGGAAAUUGGCCUAGAAAGGGGUUUCCGAACUGCAUUAAGUGAAUUUGUGUUGAUGCAGUUACAAUUAGCACCAGUAUUUUUCACUUUUUCACUAGGAACAAAGACACACUAUUACGGAAGGACUUUACUUCAUGGAGAUGCUAAAUACAGGCCUACGGGUCGUGGGUUUGUUGUGUUCCAUGCCAAAUUUGCGGAGAACUACCGACUCUACUCCCGCAGCCACUUUGUCAAGGGACUUGAGUUAAUGAUUCUGCUUAUCGUUUAUCAAAUUUUUGGCCAAUCCUAUAGGAGUGCAUUAGCCUAUGUAUUUAUCACAAUAUCAAUGUGGUUCAUGGUUGGCACCUGGCUUUUUGCUCCAUUUCUUUUCAAUCCGUCGGGUUUUGAAUGGCAAAAGAUUGUGGACGAUUGGUCGGAUUGGAAUAAAUGGAUUGACAAUCGCGGUGGUAUUGGUGUGCCACCUGAAAAAAGUUGGGAAUCGUGGUGGGAACAGGAACAAGCACAUCUUCGCCAUUCUGGAAAGCGUGGUAUUGCUGCUGAAAUAUUGCUGUCCUUAAGGUUCUUCAUUUAUCAGUAUGGACUUGUUUAUCACUUGACCUUCACAAAGAAUACUAAAAGUUUUUGGGUAUAUGGUGUAUCAUGGCUAGUCAUUUUUCUAAUGUUGUUUGUUAUGAAGGCUGUCUCUGUUGGGCGCAAAAAGUUCAGUGCAAAUUUUCAGCUAAUAUUCCGAUUGAUUAAGGGAUUGAUCUUCCUCACAUUUAUCUCCAUCCUUGUUACAUUGAUUGUGCUGCCCCACAUGACAUUUCAAGACAUUGUGGUGUGCAUUAUUUCCUUCAUGCCGACUGGAUGGGGUUUGCUUUUGAUUGCACAAGCUUGCAAGCCUCUUGUACAAAAGGCGGGCUUCUGGGGUUCAGUGAGAACACUAGCUCGUGGGUAUGAGAUUGUGAUGGGUUUGUUCCUUUUCACUCCAGUGGCUUUCUUGGCUUGGUUCCCAUUCGUUUCAGAAUUUCAAACUCGUAUGCUUUUCAACCAAGCUUUCAGCCGAGGGCUACAGAUUUCACGUAUUCUUGGUGGGCACAGGAAGGACCGAGCACGCAAAGACUAACUGACUGGUUGAAUGAUUGUCUUAAGCUCUGCUUCUAUAAAGUGUAAUUUAUUAUGCAGCAGCAAUUUUUGUGUGUGUAAUUACGGAUCCUUUCCUUUCUGAUGAUUGUUUGUUUAAGCACGUAUAAAGAUUCUAAUAUUUAAUUGUAUCCUUAUGAUAUAGUACUU